CCCAAUAAAGGCCCAAUUAGUAUGUACGGAGAAUAUAAGCUGUCAUUGCGGAAAGUUAGUCUGUCUGUAGAAUUUCGCCGUCGGCUUCGAGACCCAAACCCUAGCCGGCACCGAAGGCGGACGAAGAGUCGAUCUGAAAUGGCGAAAUCGAAGAACCACACAGCUCACAACCAGUCGUACAAAGCCCACAAGAACGGGAUCAAGAAGCCCCGGAAGCAUCGCCACACCUCCACCAAAGGGAUGGAUCCGAAGUUUCUGAGGAAUCAAAGGUACGCCAGGAAGCACAACAAGAAGAAUGGUGCCUCAGGUUCUGAGAUGGAGGAGUAACGGAAGACUGAGCCAGCUGGUUUUUCCCUUAGGACUUGAUUAUGAUUUUGUUUUUUCUGCAAUGUUGGAAUACUUCAGAAUGUUAUCGAUUAGAGUUUGGGUGAGCAAACACCACCACUUUUAGAUAUCUGUAGCAAUUAUGUUGGACAACUUUUAGUGCAGAAUAGUUCUUGGGAUUAUUAUCUUUUA